AUGACAAGCAAAACAUAAUUGUGAAAAACUGUAGAAAAUAUCGAAAAGAAAAGAUUUAAGAUUUAAUCGCGUUAAAAAUGUCAACGCAGAAGCCGCUGUUGCUGAAGUUGCCGCUGCCGAAUCGUGUGCAACCCGAGGUGCGACCCCGAGGCGCCACACUAGGGAGACACACAAAUAAAUUGGAAUAUUUACGCAACAAUUUGCUCGACAAAUUGGCAACCAAAGAAUAUGGUCUGGCAUUUAUGAAACCCGUCGAUGCCAUUGCCCUGAAUAUACCCAAUUACUAUAUGAUUAUCAGUAAACCGAUGGAUAUUGGCACGAUGCUGAAACGUGUGGAGAACUUCUACUAUCGAGGCGUGGAUGAGUUGAUUUUGGACUUUAGGCAAAUGUUAAGCAACUGUUAUUGUUUCAAUAAUCCAAAUGACUUGGUCUAUCGACAUGGCCAGCAGCUGGAGGAAUAUUUCAACAAAGUGUUGGCCAAAAUGCCAAUGGGCGAGGAAGUCGAACUGCACAAUCAGAGUGGUACAGCUGGUGCAGGUGGUGCAGGUGGUGCAGCAGUUGCUGCAACUGUGAAACAGGAUAAGGUGGAGCAGGAGUGCCGUCAGCAGCUAAUGAACCUAAAACUACACACAUCGGAUCAAGUGAGAGACGUCUUCAGGCCCAAAUGGCGAGCGGUGGCACAAAAAGUCAACGAACAUCAAUUUCAGCAUAUUGAAGAAUUUCACACACAUGUGCAACAAAAAAUGGAGCAUUUGCUGUGUGCCACAAAAACCAUAUACGAAAGUGUGUUGCAUGAGUCCCUGGAUGACAUCGACGAGCAGAUGCAACAAAUUGAGUUCGGGCAACUCUUAAACGCAGUGGGUAAUUGCAGCAGGCGACGAGAUCGCUGCGAGACUCAGCUGAGCAAGUGCCUCGAUUGCAAAGUGUCGGGCUUAAGGAAGAGUUUACAAAAUGCCCGACUGCGUCACAAGGUCUGCGCAGAGCAAAGGGACAGAAUGAAAGAGAAGUGUCGCCGCAAAAUCAGCUGUAAUUCACAUCACAGCCAGGACUCGCAGUUGCAGGAUGAGAUCAGCUUGGAGGAGCGUCGUGAAUUGCGUGCGGAGUUUGCCAUGUUGCCGUGCAGAACCCAAAAUGAAAUCAUGCAACUGAUCAAUGAGUGCAGCAGCGGCGAGAACAGCCUCAAUCCUCGCCAGGACUAUCAAUGGUUUGACAUUAUGAGUUUCAGCAGCCGCAUAAUUAAUUUGAUUAAACGUGAAAUGCACCCGGAAACUAAGAUCAAUUUGCGUCACAUGAAACCGGAUGAGAAGGUGAUCUUGCAACGCAGCUUGGAGCGACGCUUGGAGAACAUUAAUCAGGCGCUGGGUGGUUCCAGGAGGAAGUACACCAGACGCAACUCCGAUAUACGUCAUCCUAUUGCGAAGCGACAACUUUUAUAUAGUCCAGUUGGGGGAGGGGCAGGCAAUGGAGGCGGUGGAGGCGACGGACGCGCGGAAGGGGUUGUGGCUAAGCGAAAGUGUAGAGCGAAGUUGAAAUCGGGAAAUUCCGAUCCGAGGGGCAGCAGCAGCAGCAGCAACAGCUCCACCUCCUCAUCCUCUUCGAGCAGAAGCAGCAGCAGCUGCACUUCUCCUUCGAGCAGCAGUUCCUCGGGCAGCGGAUCUUCCAGUAAUCAAGAAUCCAGCAAUGAUGCUCAAACUGCUCCUCAUUCCACACCUCAUACUCUUCUUCCUGUUCCAAGAAUAACUGGGAUGAGUCCUACUAUCAUGAAUAAAAAUACGAGCUAAAUUAGGACAAAGAGACUUGGCGAAUUCUUGGACAACUGCAACUCUGUUGUCUGAUUUAAAUUAUGGCGCCGUAGUUCAUUUGCUGUAUUCUAAUUGGGUUCCUUAAAAAAUUAAUAAUCGUUUAAAAAU